CAAUAGUUCUCCAGCGGUAGUAAUUAUUUCCUUUAUUUUGCUGAUCUAUAUAGUAGCGACCUUCUUGAAGUGCGCUUUCACCGAUCCUGGAUUUUUACCUCGAGCUCAACUUUCAGCAGGAGUUCUUCCUGAAGCUUCCUAUAAGGAUAUUAUUAUUAAUGGCUUUAGCUACCGCCUUCACUUUUGUAAAACUUGCAUGUUUAUGAGGCCGCCUCGAACAAGUCAUUGCGCUCGCUGUGAUAAUUGUGUUGAACGCUUCGACCACCACUGUCCGUGGGUUUCCAAUUGUAUUGGAAAAAGAAACUAUAAAUACUUUUUUGUAUUUGUAGUUCUUCUUGUGGUUUACGAUCUCUUCAUAUUCGCUCUGGCAGUCUCACAAAUUGUCAUGACACUUCCACGUGAACGGUCCUUCCCAACAAAAAAAGUAACGGCUCCACUUAUAUUGUGCAUUUACACGUUUAUUGCGCUGCUGCCGCUCGGAUAUCUGGCCGGAUACCACGUAUGUUUGAUCGCUUCAAACAUGCUGACUUACGAAAAGAUUUCUAAGCGUGUGAGGAAGAAAACCAACCCCUUUGAUAAGGGCUUGAUAGCGAAUGUUAAAGAACGUCUAUUGGGCCCUCACUAUCCCAGUUACUUUAAAUAUCAAUUCGACCAAGCUAAAGAGUUAGAAUCCACCAAUGAAAUCCCGCAAAAUCACCCAGUAAAUGACUAGAAUUUAUUAUUAUUGUUGCUUCUGUUGGUAUCCGAGAGAUUCGUAGUCCAAAG